UUUCCUCGAUUUCCGCGUAACAUCGCUCUGAAAGUAAACAUGUUUUGCUCUUCUGCAUUAUUGGAGGACCAGACAAUUUAGAACAGUUAAUAGCAAAUAGUAUUUAGAAGUGUGUAAGUAUUUUGAGUCACAGUCUAGGGUGUUGAGAUUGUAGCUAUUAAGUUUUAACAUCGCUAUCUAGCUCAAUUUGUACACUUUCUAAGCCAACGCAACGCAGAAAGAACAUACAGGUAGUAACAUUAUAACGUUAGCUAGCUAGCCAAGCUUUAACUUAAUUUCUUUCUUCGUAUGAAUUUUGAAUUUGCUUGCUCUUCUAUCAAAAGUAUUCGGCUUCCUACAUGUACAUAGAAAAGCUAACAACUAUUGUUAUGGCUAACAUGUGCUAGCUUCCCGGCCAACGCCUUUCCCCCUUCCUUUUUUCCCCUUCAUGCUCGUCGUCGCACACAAUUCGUUUGAAAAUGUGUCGUAGUUGACAGAAUUCUGCGUCAAGCACUUGACAGACACAGCAAUACAAUUUUGUAGAGUUAGAAUGUCUUCCCUUUCUUUUUACUGAACACCAUCGUUUUUUCCAUUUGGACAGCUUGUCAAAAGCCAGGUAGGUUAUUAGCGAGACAUUAUCAUAGUAGUUAGGAUUUACCUGCUGGGAUCAAAAUGGGUUGCACACUAAGUGCCGAAGAUAAAGCUGCCAUGGAGAGGAGUAAAAACAUUGAUCGGAAUCUGAGAGAAGCUGGCGAAAAGGCAUCAAGUGAAGUCAAACUGUUGCUUCUAGGUGCUGGGGAAUCUGGGAAAAGCACAAUUGUAAAGCAGAUGAAAAUUAUCCAUGAGGACGGGUACACACAGGAGGAGUGCAGCCAGUACAGGGUGGUGGUUUACAGCAACACCAUCCAGUCCAUCAUUGCCAUCAUCAGAGCCAUGGGCAGGCUGGGUAUAGACUUUGGGGACAAAGCACGAUCAGAUGAUGCCCGCCAGCUUUUUGCCUUGGCCAGCUCUGCAGAGGAAGGGGUCAUGACCCCUGAACUGGCUGGGGUCAUCAAGAGGUUAUGGCAGGACAGAGGGGUUCAGAUCUGCUUCGGCAGGUCUAGAGAGUACCAGCUAAACGACUCCGCCUCAUAUUACCUGAAUGACCUGGACAGGAUAUCCCAGCAGAACUACGUGCCCACGCAGCAGGAUGUCCUGCGCACCAGAGUCAAGACCACUGGCAUCGUGGAGACACACUUCACAUUCAAGGACCUCUACUUCAAGAUGUUUGAUGUGGGGGGUCAGAGGUCAGAGAGGAAGAAGUGGAUCCACUGCUUUGAAGGAGUCACAGCCAUCAUCUUCUGUGUUGCGCUCAGUGACUAUGACCUGGUGUUGGCUGAGGAUGAGGAGAUGAACCGUAUGCACGAGAGCAUGAAGCUGUUUGACUCCAUCUGCAACAACAAGUGGUUCACGGGCACCUCCGUCAUCCUCUUUCUCAACAAGAAGGAUCUGUUUGAGGACAAGAUCCAGAAGAGCCCUCUCACUAUCUGCUACCCAGAGUACUCAGGUCCAAAUGAAUUGAAAGAGGCGUUAAUCUACAUUCAGUGUCAGUUUGAGGACUUGAACAAGCGGAAGGAUACAAAGGAGAUCUAUACCCAUUUCACUUGUGCUACUGACACUAAGAACGUGCAGUUUGUCUUUGACGCUGUCACUGACGUCAUCAUCAAAGUCAACCUGAAGGAGGUUGGCUUGUACUGAGACUCCUGCAACAUCAUCUAUCUUGUCAUCAUAGGGGCUGGAGUGUGUUGGAAUCACACAUUUACAGGUAUAAAUCAAUCAUUGCCUUUUUGACAGUUAGACAGACCAUAUACGGGAUGGGUUAAUAGACCAUAAACUGUUGCCAUAAUGUAUGAUGAAUCCUUGGAUAUUUCAAGACAAGAUUACAUAGGGCACUUACGUGCUUUUGCUUUUCUAUCCUUUUGCUGUUAUGUAUUCCAUUGCUAUGGACUGAUUUUUAAAGUGGAAUGUAAGUUGUGAGUGUUGGAUGUGCCUCAUGUUUUUGACUUUUAUUGCCAAAUUUCUGUAAAAUAUCUUUAAAACAUUCUGCACUUUUUAGGCAGGUAUUAAUUACAUUGUAAAUGUUGAAUAAGGGAUCACAACUAUUAUGCAUUUUCUGAGAGUUUUGAUAACUCUUUCUAACCUUAUACACUGAGUGUACAAAGCAUUAGGAACACCUUCCUAAUAUUGAGUUGCACCCCCUUUUGCCCUCAGUAUA